UGCAAGGUAACUGAGAACUGUAACGGCCUUUAUUGUUUUUAGAUUAACGAAUUGCUGGACUCACAUCCUUCCUCCUUAUUGAGAGAGCAAGGAGAGAAUCAGAGAAUAUCAGCACCGUCUUCGCCGUAGAAGAUCGAAUCGGAACCCCAAGAUGCCGCCGAAGAAGAUGGGCGUGAACAGCAAGGCGGAAGCCGCUAGGGCUCGGCGGAGCGCCACCGAAGCCGAGCGCAAGGAGAGCGAGGCUCGCCACAAGGAGGAGCAGUACUGGCGCGAAGCCGAGGGCAGCAAAUCACGCGCCGCCAAGAAGCGCGAGGAGGAGGCCGACAAGCGAGCCGAGGCCGCCGCUCGCAAGGCCGAGGCGCGCCGAUUGGCCGAGCUGGAGGAGAAGGAGCUGGAGAAGAUGGCCAAGAAGCCUGACAAGAAGGUCAGCCGCGUCGCGAUCCCGGUCCCGAAGGUGACGGAGGCCGAGCUGAGGAAGCGCCGGGAGGAGGAGGCGGCGGCGAUGGAGAAGAAGUCGGAGGAGUCGAAGAAGAAGCAGACGCGCACGGCGGCGGAGGAGGAGUACGAGAGAAUGGUGCUUGUGUCGAACACGAACCGUGAUGAUUCGACUAUUGAGGCGAGGUCGGUGGAGGAAGCGAUUGCUCAGAUGUCGGUGGCGGAGCCCUUGCCGGUGGAUCGCCACCCCGAGAGGAGGCUCAAGGCUUCCUUUAAGGCAUUUGAAGAGGCUGAGCUUCCCAGGUUGAAGGAGGAGAAACCAGGACUUACUCACAAUCAAUACAAGGACAUGAUAUGGAAGCUAUGGAAGAAAUCUCCCGAUAAUCCUCUAAAUCAGGUUGGUGCUGAGUGAUCGCUGAGGAUGUUCACUAUCCAAUGGCGUAAUGUAGGUGAUGGUUUUCUGUUGGGGCUAUCUUGUAGAGGUUGCAGAUCGGACAGUAUUAACAAGUGGUUGUGGCAAUCUAGAAUUUCUGAAGAAGUUCAUUCAUGUGAGGUUUGACUAGGAAGGUGUUUUAAAAAUUUGGAGGAAGUUCAUACUUCAUAUCCACUUCAUAAGUUGUUGCAGCAAUAUAGAAAAUACUGUUUGGCUUGGCCAAUUUUGCCAGCCUUACUGAUCAAUAAAUUCUUGUAUACUUAGUUGCUUCUGCUGGAUGAGAGCUUAAGAUUGCUCCAUUAUAAAUUCAAAGCAUUGGUUUGCUUUGUUUUUAUCAUUUUGUGUUUUGUAUUGCAUAAAAGUAGCAAAGCUGGUGCUUUGUUUUUUCA